AUGGCGGAUAUUGCUGCUGUCCCCGAGGACAGAAAGACGGGCGAAAAGGCCGGGUCUAUCCACGAACAGGGCAGUGUGGAGCUGGUCAAGGGCGACACCGACGAUGUCGACGAGGCCUUUGCGGUGUUCCAGGGCCAUCAGGAGGUUGUCGUCGAUGCUGCGACCGACAAACGUCUCCUUCGCAAGAUUGACCGAUACAUACUGCCUGUCAUGUGUCUGAUCUAUGGCAUGAAUUACCUGGACAAGACCACCCUGUCCUAUUCCAGUGUCAUGGGCAUCACCGAGGACCUCCAUCUUGAGGGAACCAACUAUUCAUGGCUCGGCUCCAUCUUUUACUUUGGCUAUCUGGGCUUCGAGUGGCCGACGGUUCGAUUGCUCCAGGCGUUGCCCAUUGCCAAAUAUUCGGCCAUGUGUGUCAUCAUCUGGGGAGUCAUCCUCACCCUCUUCUCCGUGACCCACAACUUCGCCGGCGCUGCUGUCCUGAGGGUGUUCCUCGGCAUUUUCGAAGCUGCCGUCACCCCCGGCUGGACCUUGAUCACUUCCCAGUGGUACAAAAAGUCCGAGCAGGGGGCCCGGACGUGCAUCUGGUUCAGUUUCAAUGGCGCGGCCGCCAUUGCCGGCGGCUUUAUUGCCUAUGGCCUGGCGGACGCCGGGGAUCGCGGCCAUUUCACCAUCGCCGCCUGGAAGGUCCUAUACAUCCUCACCGGUCUCUUGACCGUCGCGCUGGGAAUCUUCUUCCUGAUCAUUGUCCCCGACAGCCCCCUCAAAGCCUGGUGGUUGAGCGACGAAGACCGCAUCCUGGCCGUCGCCCGGGUGCGUGAAAACCAGCAAGGCAUCGGCAACAAGCACUUCAAAAUGUACCAGUUCCUCGAGGCUCUCAAGGACCCCUUUGCCUGGGCCAUCGUCGUCCUGAGUCUGGCGGGCAACAUCCCCAACGGCGGCAUUUCCAACUUCUUCAGUCUUCUGAUCGUCUCUUUUGGCUAUACCGCCAAGCAGUCGCUGCUGCUGAGCAGCCCUUCCGGCGCCGUUGAAGUCGUCUCCCUGCUUCUCACCGGCUGGCUGGGCGACCGAUGCAAGAACCGCCUCCUCAUCUCGCUGGGAGGCGUUGGCCUCGGCACCAUUGGAAGUAUCCUCCUGGUCGCCCUCUCGGAUGGCGCCAGGGCCGGCAAGCUCGUUGGCUUCUACUUGACGCUCGCGGCACCCUCAGGCUUUGUCAUCAUGCUGAGUCUCAUCUCAUCCAACAUCGCUGGCUAUACCAAGAAGACCACCGUUGCAGCCAUGUACCUCAUCUCCUACUGUGUCGGAAACAUUGUUGGGCCUCAGACCUUCCGUCCUGAAGAUGCUCCACAUUAUUAUCCCGCCAUUGUCACCAUGUUUGUUUGCUACGUGAUUUGUAUCUUGGAUAUCCUCUUCAUCUGGUACUGGUUCCGCAGGAUGAAUGCAAAGAAGGCGGCGAUUCGAGCCGAUCCUUCCUACGUCAAGCCCGAAAACUCCGAAUGGCUUGAUCUCACCGAUGGAGAGAAUCCAGAGUUUUUGUACACUUUGUGA